CUUAUCUUGAUGUUCCUGUCUUACUGUGGACAUUAAGAGCGAUAUGUGGCAAGCAUGAGCUCCUUAUCACCCACCGAUCCCAGGAGGACGAAAAGACAACCCAGAAUGUCUACUCUGAUGACAUGAUAUUGACUGCCUUCAAUUCUCAUGAGAUAGACAUGAUCCAUGGUAUAAAUUCCCAGUCCCCCAGAUACCCUUUGUACCCUCACCAUCCAGAAAGCACUUCACAGUUUGAAGAUCAUUUCUACCACAGACAGCUUCCAACAGUCAUCAUGUCAUCCCCCUUUCUCCGCGCCGAUUUCUACCUGCGAUUCAACGGACGCACCACAAAACGUGUAGUCGACAUGGGUAGCUCCGUCGAGAAAGCACGUCCACGACCAAACCCUCUCGAGCGCGGCCCAUGUCCCAAAACCUACCACGAAUAUCUCCUUGGAAAAAGAAUCACUGUCUGCAUGAUCUGUAGACUGUAUGUCCCAACGGAGAUUCAAAGGAGAUUGAUGGAGCUUGCUAUCAAAGAGCGCGAUCGUUUCGCUUUCGAUGAGCAAGUAAUGGCAGCGAUCGAGCGGACGAAGAGGGAAGUUCGAGAGGAGAUGAGGGCUAGAGAAAAGGCUGAAGAGAGUGACGAUAGUGAGAGUGAGUGACUAGUUGUGGAAUCAUUGUGGUAAAUAAAUGCAUUGGAAUUUUCGCUGCGUAAGAAGAUCGAACUGUGGAAUUUUCUCAAGAAACCGAUGAGUAUCAGAAAAGGUCUUUCUAGCGUCCCAUCCUUC